GUUACGCACCUGGGUGAAAAAAUGACGUACUAAAGGACGAGCUUAAUUUUACGGCGAGGUGCCAGAUCUACUUGGUCUCGAAUCCUCCACUGGUCUUCUCUCUCCCAAAAGUCAUCCAGGCCUCUGCUGCUCUAUGCCUCCGCCAUCUCCGAUCAUCUAACAAAGAUCGUCGUAUCGGCUCAGCAAGGACAAGGACGACCUGAGCCGGUAACGGAGGGAUUGAUUCAAGCUUUGGCGUGAGCUGUCAUUGUUGAGGGGAAAAACAUCUUGUUUGUGCCAUACUAGUUUGGAAUAAGAGCAUGUCGAGCGGUAGAAACACCCAUUGGUGCUACAGAUGCAGGCGGCCAACAAGGCUGCAAGGGCGAGAUGCAGUUUGCCAAAACUGCAGUGGAGGAUUUGUUCAAGAACUUGAUGACAUGGUUCAUAUCAGCCCACUAGAUUUCUUUGGAUCCGACAAUGAUGAGGACCGUGAUAGAAGGUUUGGGUUCAUGGAAGCAUUCUCAGCUUGGCAGCAGUUGACAGACAGAAGAAGUAGUGAUAUUAUAAGAGGUAGAUCAGAUUUCGUUCCUGAACAUGCCCCGGGGUUUUCUCCAUUGUUGAUUUUUGGUGGCCAAAUUCCUUUCCGCUUGUCUGGCAAUGGUGCAUUUGAAGCUCUGUUCAAUGGAUCUCCUGGAAUAGGUGUUACACGGGGUAAUGUGGGUGAUUAUUUUGUUGGUCCUGGCUUGGAAGAAUUGUUUGAGCAGCUUUCAGCAAAUGAUAGGAGGGGCCCUCCCCCUGCAUCAAGGAUUUCAAUUGAUGCAAUGCCAACUAUUAAGAUCACAAAUAAGCAUCUUCGUUCCGAUUCGCAUUGCCCUGUUUGUCAAGACAAAUUUGAGCUGGGAUCUGAAGCAAGGCAAAUGCCAUGUAAACAUGUAUAUCACUCAGAUUGUAUUGUACCAUGGCUAGUCCAGCACAACUCAUGCCCUGUUUGCCGCCAAGAACUACAUCAGCAAGGUUCUGAAAGUGGUCGUAGCUCAAACAGUAGAAGUAGAAGCAGUGGUAAUACCAGUGGAAGGGAGAGUGGUAGGGAAAGCCAAGGAAGACGAAAUCCUUUUGCUUCUCUGUGGCCAUUUCGCGCAUCUAGUUCUAGCUCUAGUUCUAACCGUAACCCACCACAUGAAAGCAGCCCACCAACUGCUCGUGAAAAUAGCAAUCAAAUGGGUUAUUCAGGAUGGCCAUUUGACUGAGAUUACAAUGUUGGUGUGUCGCUUGCUUUUCUUGGGAUCAGAAUCUAAAGCUCUGCAGUUAUUCUGCAAUUUGUAUCUGGUGAGUUUGGUGUUAGACUCCAUUAUGUUUUUCUUAAGGGUGUAUGAAUGGUAAUGGUCGUUUGUUGUUUACAUACCUCUUUCCAUGUGAAUAACUUUUUCUUCUAUUAUGCAUGUGUAUGCUUCUAAAUAUAUGAUCCAUAUAUUCCCCCUCUUGGUUGACGUUUUUACAUUUUUUGG